AUGGCAAUCAGAUCCUUAGCCGAUUUGAGGGGGUCUGCCGAUGACGCCCCCAACGAAAGCAGUGGGGGGACUUCUUCCUUUGCAGGGGGAGAGAGAUCCGGUUUGGCCAUUCAGAAUCCGAGUGCUGCCUUUCCACACGCCGUGCGAGGAACAGCCCCUCCGGGAGCACAUCGCGUCACGCUGUAUGCAAAUGGCUUUAGGGUUGAUGAAGGCGAAUUCCGACUCUUUGGAGUUGAGGCCAAUGACCAGUUCGUGCAAGAACUCAAGGCAGGAGUGGCACCACGAGAGCUACAGCAGGGAGGCAGGCAAGUUCAUGUACUGCUGGAUGACCGUCAUGGGGAAGUAUACACACCUCCCCCUCCCUCUCAGUAUGUGUUGUUUGGAGGCGAAGGACAGAGCCUCUCAGGAGAUGGCAGCUCCACAAUUCGCGCUGAGCCGGUGGACGUAACGCGUGCAGCAGCAGCAGCAGCAGCAGCAGCCACAGCAGCAGCAGCAGGAGAUUCAGAAGUACCUCGCACUCAGAUCGUGUUCCGCCUACAUGAUGGCCAACGCACAGCUCAACAGUUUCCCAUAAAUGCCACCGUUCAACAGCUCUUCGACUUCGUUGCAGUGUUGGCUCCUGCACCAGGGGGCUUCUCCUUACUAGACGGAUUCCCCCCUAAGCCCAUAUCCGCCCCCCGUGACGCGACGUUGCAGGAAGCUGGGCUCCUCAAUGCGACACUCUCGCAGAAGCUUUCCUAA